AUGCUUGGAGAAAUUAUUGCAUCUCUAAAAGAAAUGGGUGUCCUCAACAACACUAUAGUUAUCUUUACUGCUGAUCAUGGAGAGCUGGCCAUGGAUCACCGGCAGUUCUACAAAAUGUCCAUGUUUGAGGGCAGUGUCCACAUUCCGCUUCUGUUCAUGGGGCCCGACAUUAAAUCUGGUCUUUUGGUAGACCAGCAUGUGUCAUUGGUUGACAUCUUUCCUUCUAUACUAAAUAUAGCAUCUAUCUCCAGCCCUGCCAACCUCAGUGGUUAUUCACUUCUUCCUUUCAUGUCCAAGUCUUAUGUCAAUGUUAAGUCUCAGCACCCAGACUGGAUCUUUAGUGAGUACCAUGGCUGUAAUGCCAAUGCCUCCACGUACAUGCUGCGAACUGGAAAAUGGAAAUACAUCACAUAUUCAGAUGGCCAGCAAGUGCCACCACAGCUUUUUGAUUUAUCACAGGAUACAGAAGAAUUGCACAAUAGUGCCCGAGAUGCUAUUAAAAACAAGGAAUAUAAAGAAGCACUGAAGCACUGCAAGGACGUUUUGAAAGUUGAGAACAACUACAACGCUUGGGUGUUCAUUGGCUUGUCAGCAACUGAACUUGAGCAACCAGAUCAAGCGCAGAUGGCGUAUAAAAAGGCUGUGGAGCUGGACCCUGAGCAGUUAUUGGCCUGGCAGGGCUUGGCAAAUCUCUAUCAGAAGAUUGAUCAAUGGGACUUUAAAGUGGACCUUCCCAGCGUGUAUGAGAAACUCGUGGAACUGUAUUCAAAGACAGAUAGAAAUAAAUGUUAUGAAACCAUCAACAAAUUGUCAGAAAUAUAUGAGUCUGACAAAGAAUAUUUAAAGCUUGCACAAUUAUGGACUAAGCACAUUCAACUUAAGGAGGAAGAUGGUGUGGAUAAGAAAGAAACCCUCCAGCUAUGGCAGCAGAUGUCUAAACUCCUCACUCAAGAUGGAGAACCAAAGGAUGAAACUCUACUGCAUUUAGUAACAGCCUUUGAACAAGCUCUGGUUCAUGCGGAUCCUGUCCCUGGGGAGGAACACAAAGCAGCCUCAGUUGAAUUAAUUAAAUGCCUUUCAAAAAUGCCCCAAAAGAGGCCUCGAUUGAAGGAAGCGUGUGAAACUAUGGCCUCAAUUUACCCAUCUGAACGCUAUCCUCUUGAAGUCCUUUGUUUAGAUUAUCUCACCACUGGUGACUUCAGUGAAGAAGCCAUGGGCAGUUUUACUCUGCUACAGGAUAAACAUCCUGGCAGUGGAUUAGCUCAGUUAGGUGUGGGAUUCAAAGCAUUUCAUGAUGGAAAGUAUAAAGAUGCCAUUAUACCUCUUAAACAAGGCUUGGAGAAACAUUGCUUUUCUCUUGGAUGGUUCAGUCUGGGCCAAGCUCAGCUUAAACUACACAGAUACUCAGACAGUGUGGCAUCUUGCUCCAAUGGUCUGGCUACAUGUAAACCCGAAGACCAUGAGUUGAUGACUAAGCUGUUAAGGCUGAAGGUGGAGGCAUUAGUUCGAUGUGGAGGCGAAGCAGCAGCGGAUGACGCCCUAGAGAUCUUCUCAAAGGUGGCUCAUUCAGAAAAUGAUCCAGCUCUGGUUUCUUUAAAAGGAUGGGCCUAUCUCAACAAAGGACAAGUUGAGAAAGCUCUUAAGAUAUCAACGGAUCUGUUGGUGACUACUCCUAAUCUCGCAGAUGCCUUGGCACUGCAAGGGCGUGCAUACUUCUUACAGAAACAACUAGACAUGGCAGAGAAAAGUUUUCUGGAAGCAGCAGAGAAAAACCCAGAGAGUGGAGAAUAUCAUUUCUUGUUGGGAGAACUCUAUUGGAACAUGGGAGUAGAGACUCGUAUAGAUCGCAGCAAGGCCCAUACUCUGCUACUUAAGUUGAUCGGAGUGUGCGCCACUAUUGGUAGUGUUUUCACAGCAGCUCUUAAAGCUUUUACCAAAGCCCAGCAACUGCAGCCCUCCUCCAUCUACAGUCUGUACCAGGCUGCUGCCAUCAAACAGACCCUCAGCAAGUUCAAAGAAGCAGCUGCAGAGUACAUGCAGAUAACCACCCAGCAAGACUAUGUUCCUGCUUUAAAAGGUAACCAAUAUUAUUGA